AUGUUGGCCCCGUUCUUCGAAAAAGCUCCAUCUUUGAUUAUUUCUCCAACCGGCGCCGUUUUAUUCGAAUGUAUUUGUAAUGCGAAUCCAGAGCCAACUGUUAAGUGGUAAGUUUUUUGAGAAGACCUGAUAAUCUGAGCAAAAAAAAAUUCUAGGUUUUUGAAAGACAAGGAGCUCACGGGUGAUCGUUACGUUCAAAAGGUCAAAAAGAUGGUUGGAAAAUACACGGUGACUUUGCAAAUCAAGAAUCCCACUCAAGAAGAUCAGGGAGUUUACAAAGCGGUCGCCACAAAUUCACACGGUUCGCACAGUGUUGAACAACAAUAUAUUCAUAAGUGUACAGCUAAUCAGGUCUUUAAAACUUUGGAUUGA